AGUAAACAUUGACUAUUUCAAUUUGUAUGUGGCCAUUUAAAUUGAACGAGGAUUAACAAUUAUUAAAAUUUAUCAAUUUUAAUAUCACACAGUCGCUGGUGUCUGGUUCGAUUCACAUCAGAAGCCGUACCUACAUUUAGACCUCCCAAGAUGGAAUACUUGGGUCACACACAGACUGCCACUUAUAUGACCGGGCCAAGGCUAGGUGGUAGCAAUACACAAACAUUUUUGCCUAGUAUAAGUACAAUGCAAGCUUCAUAUAAGGCAAAUGACACUUAUCCUGCCCCUUCACCUCUGAGGAGAUCUUUAACCACACUUCCGUGGAGGCCAAGUACAUACUACCAAACCGCACGUGUUAAUCCUAGUUCAGCUUUAGUCAGAAGUAUGCCAGAACCUUUUUCUGCUAGGAAUCAACUUUCUGAAUUGGACAAUGUUAAAGUUCCUUCAGUGUUUGCUGCGGCUAGAAACGCUAUGUAUACACGAUUUUCUCCUAACGAUUGGGCUAAUUCAAAUCAAAGUAAUUAUUUAGUAUCGGAUAAAACAAGAAGUGCUGCUGAACGUCUACGAUUUGAUACAGUUCGUCUAUGCAGAGAAACGGACGACAAAACAAAGAGAACACAAAGCGACGUUGGAAAACGUCUUGGAGAGAGAAUCGGUGAUAUUUCAUUCUGGAAAACGGAGGUUAAUCAUGAAACAGAUAACAUGAUGACAGAAAUUGGAGCCCUGAAUGAAGCAAAGAGAAUUUUGGAGAAAGCACUACAGGAGACUGAAAAUCCUCUUCAUAUUUCUCAAGAGUGUCUGUACCACAGAGAGAAACGUCAAGGAAUUGACCUUGUCCAUGAUAACCCUGAGAAAGAAUUGAUUCGGGAAGUAGAUAUCAUAAAAAGAUGCCAAGACAAGAUGAGAAACACCGUAGAACGUGCUAACGUUCAACUUGGUCUUAAUCGUGCUGCACAACACGAAUUAGAAAAAGAUGAAGGUGAUAAAUUCAAUGCAUUGAACCUUGACAAUUCCUGUCAUCAGAUGAGGAACAAUUCCAGGGGAUUAUCAUUCCACAAUGGAAUUGCAAGAGUAGACCACACUGUAUCAGUACCAGAGUCAUGGGCUAAGUUCAGCAAUGACAACAUUCAAAGAUCACAGAGUGAGAGAGCUGCCUCCCGUCAAAUGAGAAACGAGAUCGAAAGUGUGCUCAACUCAUGUGCAAAUGAAAUGUGGCAGGAAUGGAAUAAUGUCAAUGUUAAUCUCACCAAGAGAUGCCAGGAAUCAACUGAUGCAAGGAACAGACUCCAGACACAUCUGUCCAAGGUUCUUCAAGAGAUUUUCGACAUGGAGAAGAACAUUGAAUUAAUAAAGAAAGCCAUCCAGGAUAAGGAACACCCCAUGCAGGUGGCUCAUUCUCGUCUGGAAACCAGAACACACAGACCUAAUGUUGAAUUAUGUAGAGAUCCAGUACAACACAGGCUUGUAUCAGAAGUACAAGAGAUCACAGAAACAGUAGAAUCUCUCCAGAUGAAACUUAGAAUGGCUGAGAACUCCCUCCAAGAACUGCUCCGUACGAAAGCAGCUUUAGAACAAGAUUUAGCCAUUAAAAACAACAGUAUUUUCAUCGACAGAGAAAAAUGUCUUGGAAUGCGUAAAACCUUCCCAAUGUCACCACGCAUUGUCUCAGUUUAAGGACAGAUUAGACAUUUAAUCAAAAGAAGUACAAAUGAAAAUCUUGCACGUUAUUUAUGAACAAAAAUCAGUAUUUGAAAUACACAUUUAAGUAAAGUUUAUGUCGGUCCUGAAUCAGUAUUACUGCUAACAUAGAUACUGUGAUAAUGUAUGCAUUGGAAUUUGUUGAUGAGCAAUUUUGUUAUGUAUAUGUGUCUAUUAUUGUUAUUUUUUUUCUGUUUCUUUUGCAUAAUAUGGUUAUUUCUUUCUUUCUUUCUAUCAUUUGUAUUUUGCCGAUCUAUAUGAUGAUGGUUCUUGCACCAUUAAAGCUAAAGUAUAUUUUCUAGACAAGAGAAAUAAUUCAGCAUCAGAUGCUUUGUACAUAUAUAUAGAAUAUCAAUCUGUGAUACUUAGUAUAUUUAUUUCUGAAUAUAGCUAUAUUACCUGUCAGUAUUUGCACUUGUGUGAUGAAUCAAUGUUAAUAAAAAUGCAUAGUGCUUGUUUAAUUAAACUUCAUUUAAAUGCUUUCUUAUUUAUUAUUGUCAUACUAUGUUGUCAUCAUAUUAAUGUUUGCUCAAAACCGUUUUUGUAAAGGUUGAACACUUUGAAAAAUAAAAUGGAUGCUGUGA